AUGAGCUUCGGAAAUGGCAGCAAUGCCUCCAGUGUGGCAUCACAAGGCGCAACAUGUCUUUCGCGCAGCCUGGACAAGCUCAAACCUGUGGGUCUGCUGCCUGCGUGGAGAAAGGGUCUUCUCAGCAAGGUAUUACCCUUUGGAUUGUCUUCGAAUGGUGACAAUACUCACAUGUCAUUGACAGAAUCUCAGGUUUCCGGUCCCUUGGGGCCGUCAUCUGUUGUAAACCAGCCAGCAUCCAGCCAACGUCGUCCUGGUCAGCCUGUAUCCCUCAACGAACAGGCCCAAAUGCGUGUCGCAGCGCUGCGCGGGAGAAUCCAGGGUAGGCAGAAUCGAACUGGGGUAGAGUUCGGUACAGGCAAUACAACGGGAUCACUUCUCCACCACGAACACGGAGGGGGUGAACCGGGGGAGGCAAAGCUCAUUGUCGGAUGGCAGGCCCGAAGCAACCACAAUGGCAAAAUUGAUGGUGACCUUGGUGGUCAAGUUAAGAAAUACGCCAUGUCGCGCUUCAUGCCAGACAUUAAGGCUGAGAUUGUCGAAACGAUUAAUAUUGAAUGGGUAAAAUCUAGAAAGCAUCCCUUACUGCCGGAAGAGGUAUCCUUUCGAUGGAGUGGUAAUCGCACUCUUGACCCCCACACAGCAGCGUUGACUGCUCAAGAAUUUUAUAAUCAUUACAACACACCAUCGGAAUCAAAUGCCGCUCUCAAGGUCGAUCAAAUACCCACCUUUUUCAAGAGUAACGUGAAGAAACAGAAGGGACCAAUGAUUUUCUUUGACAUGUAUAUUGACUGGAAGGCUUGGAAUACUCGCGUCAACCCAGAUGCGGCUAAGAAGAAGAGAGGGCGCAACGAUUCAGUAGCGUCAAUUCCUUCAUCAAAGGCUUCAAAGCAACCCAGGAUGUCAUCCGGGAUGGAAUCAAUGGCGUCCUUGUUCAGUCCCAAUGCUCGUGCCUCGGCUUCCCGGCAAAGCGCACAAAAUGCUGACUAUGUUACACUUCGCAAAUUUGUAUGCUUUGCAGAUGUUGUAGCUGGAUCCUCCGAAAUUCUCGAUGUUCAUAAGACUGUUUCUGGCCUGUUGAAAAGCACGCCUUUUGCGCGAGGAGCAAUGAAGUUAGCUUUUGAUCUUCAUCUCGAAGAUGGUUCACAGCUGGUGGCCAAACGCUUCUUCCGUGUAACGUCAUCAGACAUGGAUGAUGACCAGCUUGGAGCGGUUGAUCCUGAUGUGCAGAAAGAGGCAAUUGAGAAUGAGGCCCACAGGCUAGCCGAAGGCCAAUGGUUUUUAAAGGAGUUUUACACUCUCUGUUCCACUCAAGCAAAAGUUAGUGUCGAUAAAGCUAUUCAAUUCUCCUCUGCCUUCGUUGGCGAAGAAACAGAUUCAUCGGAAAGUUCCUUCGCUUCUGGCUUGCGUGAGGGACCUUCUUCCCUCAAUAAGGUCUACUGGUUGGUCGAACCCAAGAGACCAUCAACAGUCACUAAAUUUAGCGGUACACUGAGCCAUCAGAUGAACCGUAAGGACCUCCAAAGUCUCACAAUUGCUGCGUUCGCACAUUUUGUCUAUCUGAAGAGCAAGGCGACCAGGGUCUUUGCUGAUAUUCAAGGAACUACGACCAACGUGAAAGGGAAGGACACAAUGGUCCUAUUCGAUGUUAUGACCCACAGUCCAGCAGGUGAUACCGGUAUUGGCGAUUUCGGUCCUGAUGGAAUUGCUUCCUUCCUGGAUGACCACCGAUGCGGCUCAAUUUGUCAGGGCUUGGGACUGCACAGGCAAGUUCCUCAAGCAGCCGGUGACUCUGGCUCAGAGUGUUCAUCUUCCUUGUCGGGUGAGGAAGAAGAGGAACUAGAAGAUAACGGAAAUAAGAGAGCUGGUCCAGUGGACGAUGAGGCACAGCCUUUCUAG